CGCGCGAUGGCUGCGGGCCUGGCGGCGCUGAGGAAGGCUCCGCUGCUCGGAGGCCGCGCGCCCCUGAGGCGCCUGGGGAGCGGCCUCGGAGUCCCCUGGGGCCCGCCUCGGCGCGGCUGGCGGCUGGGCGUGGGACUGGGCCUGGCGUUGGCAGCGGCGGCGGCGGCGGCGGGGGACGACGGAGACAGGCGGGCCGUGGGGUUCGCCCGGGCAGUUGACAGCAGCAGGGAACUUCUCCAGAGGGUCAAGGAUGAAGUGGGAGCUCCGGGCGUAGUUGUCGGCGUUGCUGUUGACGGAAAGGAAGUGUGGUCAGAAGGUUUGGGUUAUGCUGAUCUGGAGAAUCGUGUCCUUUGCAAGCCGGAGACUGUCCUGCGAAUUGCCAGCAUCAGCAAGCCUCUGACCAUGGUUGCCGUGGCAAAGCUGUGGGAGGAAGGAAGGCUGGAUUUAGACGCUCCUGUUCAGAAGUACGUCCCAGAGUUUCCUCAAAAGGAGUAUGAAGGCACCAAGGUCACCAUUACUACGAGACAGCUUGCCUCGCAUUUAAGUGGAAUUCGCCACUAUGAGAAGGACAUUGCCAAAGUAAAGGAAGAGAAAGAAAAGUUUAACAGAGCUUUAAAGGGUGCCACAAAAUUUGACCUAGCAGAGAAAGAGGAUAAAGACUCAGAAGUGAAUGCAAAAUCCAAGCUGGAACGUGAAAGCAAAAAUUCAAAAGGGGGAAGGAGAAAAAGAGAGUUUGACAACGAAGAAUAUUAUCUGAAAGAGAAAUAUGAUAAUGUGAUCGAGUCACUGAAUAUUUUUAAAAAUGAUCCUUUAUUCUUUAAACCAGGGACUCAGUAUUUGUAUUCGACUCAUGGCUUUACUCUUCUGAGUGCGGUUGUGGAGAGAGCCUCAGGUCAUAAAUUCACCGAGUACAUGCUGAAAAUAUUCCAUGACCUGGAUAUGUUGGCCACUGUCCUGGAUGACAACGAGCCUCUGAUCUACAACAGAGCAAGGUAUUAUACUCACAACAAAAAGGGUCAGUUGGUCAACACACCCUAUGUGGACAACUCCUACAAGUGGGCUGGUGGAGGCUUCCUGUCGACCGUGGGAGACCUUCUUAAAUUUGGGAAUGCCAUGUUGUACAGCUAUCAACUCGGGCAGUGGCAAAAUCUCACCACUGGACUCCUUCCAGGUUAUCUCAAGCCCAGCACCAUAGCAAUGCUGUGGACGGCAGUGCCAAAGACAGAGGCGGCAUGGAGCAAAGAUGAUAAAUAUGGAAUGGCUUGGCAGGUUGUGGAGAAGAAGCAGACCUACGGCUUCUGCAGGCAACCGCGAUACUAUGCCUACCACUGUGGCGGGGCGGUGGGUGCAAGCAGUGUCCUGCUCGUUCUCCCUGAGGAAGGGGACUCUGAGGUGCCCAAAGGGGGCAUGCUGACACCACCGAAGGGCGUGGUGGUGACUAUUAUUUGUAACAUGCAGUCCAUUUCUCUUUGCAAAACUGCCUUAAAAAUUGCAAUGGAAUUUGAAAAAGACAAGUUAGGAUAACACACGGAUAAAAACAGCUCUUUCUGUGGUUGAGCAAGGCUCUAAAAGGAAAAUUGAGAGUUGUGUCUGCUGAUAAAUGUGCAUAGUGCUGAAAGGAUUCUUUUGGAAAACUAAAAGGGGCCCCCUCCCUUCUAUGUGGACUGUGCUGUUAGAAUCUGCCAUUCUCAGGGAAGCUGCCACAUGACUCUAGCGCUGCCAUGUUGAAGAAGGAAUUUCAGAGAAGUUUCUCGACUGCCAACUGCCACAUCUCUUACCAGCAAUUAGUUCUUCGCCUGAGGCCGCAUGAGAUGGCUCUCAGAUCACUUUGCUGCUCCCUUCCCUGCUGCAGUCCCUGUUGAGGCAUCUAAUCCAACGUCUUCCUUGGCCUCCUUUCAGGGGACGCCUUCCGUACCUGGACAGGUUUACCCGAGUUUCUCAGCGUUUUCUGACAUUCAAAAUAGUAUUGGAAAUGUGAACCGUUCUGGUGAAAGGUGUCUUUUGACCAGCUGCUGUCCCAGUAGGGGAGGGAGGGAGGUCCCUUGGUGCCAGAUUUCACUUCUGUUCAGCCUGCUUGUGUGUCAUGCUGAGGAAGGCAGCAACGGGGUGAGCAGCUGUAGGCCAAGUUCCCUCGAGCUCCCUCAGAGCUUGCUGGCCCAGUGAUAUUUCUGGGGACUGGAGGCUGACUCAGGCAGGGAUUUUUGGGAGUAUUUGUCAAGGUCCAGCCUUCGAUGUGGUGAUAAGGAAUAGUAAAGUGGCACGUGGCUGCAUUAUUUGAUGGGUUUGACUUCUCACAUUGGCAGAUGUGUAGACACAGAAGCCAGAUGUCCAUUUACCACCAGGUGCUGAAGGUUUCAGUUACUCCUUGUUCAGUCAACGUUUCUCGUUCUUCCAAAUCCCUCCUCCCAGAUUUGAUCCUCAAAAAUAACACAGCAUCAGAGUGCAAUCCUCUAUUUAUCUGAGAGUGAACCCCAUUGAAUUAAGAGGACUUAAUUUCUGAGUAAAUGUGUGUAAGUUUAGACUGGGAAACUCUUACCUAGCAGUAUUUGUCUUGGUCCCUUAAAAUGCAAAUCUAGCGCUGUAAUGUUUGGCCUGCCGGCCUUCGCAGGGCCUGCUUGCUCCACUGCCUUUUGGCUUGGUCUUGGGCCUGUCUUUGGCCAGGCUUGGACUUCUUGCCUGACUUAGUGAGGGAAUGCUGAGUCCAGUCCCUGCUUCUAGUCUCUUACUGGUCACUUAGGUAAGUGAUGCUUUUCCUAGGCUCUUCCUUCAGGUGGAUCGAGUGUGGCCUUGGCCCAGCAGUACCUAAAAUGGUUGGUUGCAUUUUCUUACCAAAUACAACCAUGUUUAAGAAACAAAUCAAAACUCCUGCUCACAUGGCAUCAGUAGUGGAGGUACUUGAAGGAACGACUCUCUGCCACACCUGUCCAUCCUCAGUGGGUUAAACUGAGGGUUUCAUGCCUUUUUUUGUUUCCAGCAUGAACUUGCUGAAUGCCAAACUUUUUAUUAACAGAUUAAAAUAGAGGAUUUUCCUAAGCUGUAGAAAUGCAGUGAACAAAAAGAUGCUCUGGUUAUUUUGUGCUUCCAUGUAGGGGUGCCUGAUUAGAAACUCGAGUUCUCUUUUCUUUAACCUUAGGAGGGCUACUGCAGUAUCCAUGGAGACAGAUUAUGGUGUGUCAUUUCUGUCAUUUCAAUGACGUUUCUGUGAUACCAUGAAGCAAUUGAAAUCAUUCUGUAAGGGAGGGAGGGGGGGUCAUCUCUGGAUUGGAGUAUGCCAGAAGCUCUGUGGUCCAUCUACCUUGACAAUGUUAAGAAUCCCCAACCCAUUUGACUGAACUGUUAAUGCUGCUUCCUAAUCAUGUGCAAUGCCUAGUUGGAUCUCUCUAACAAUUGUGACUGGUCUUUUGUAGGCCUCAACCAAUAAAACACUUUCUAUUUUGGA